CAUAUUUAUUUGUUGCAGAUACUUGAAUGUGUUAUUAAUUGGGUAAAGCAUGAAUUAGAUUGUAGAUAUGACAGUUUGCCUAAAUGAAUGGAACAUGUUCGUUUGUCCUUAGCACCUCCAGACUAUAUAUCAAAAUAUGUAGUUGAUGAACCUCUCAUUAAAAAUAAUCCUAAAUGUAAAGAUUUCGUCAUUGAAGCAUUGAAUUUCCAUAUCUUAAAGAAACAUCGGAGCAUUACUAUGCCACAAAAAAUUUGUUAUUCACCUAGACAGACUGGACUUAAAGUAUUAUUGAAUUCAGAUUUUAAAUUAUCUUUUCAAUACCAUUCUAUUUAGCUAUUUUUUUUGCAGUUUCUUCUUGAAUA